CUCUGCGGUAGCCGUAGUUUCUCAGCUGCGUCAUCUCCCAGCGACAGCUCACAUGUUGACAGCAGCAGUAACAGAGAAGAGUUCCUAAUCAGGUUUCCAGUUCCUGCUCAGAUUUCUCUUCCAAAGGUUUUCCCUCCACCUGACCUUCCUCUGCUCACUCAGCCAUGAGCGACAGUGACGACGACGUUCCCACCCUGUCCGCUCACACUCUGGCUGCCCUGCAGGAGUUCUACAACGAGACCAGAACCGGCCCUGAUCCGGACGGGACGCCGUCUGACCCGUUCGCCGUGGGAGCCGUGGAGGAGGACUGGCGGAUGAGUCAGUUCUGGUACAGUGACGAGACGGCAGCGGUGCUGGCGGAGGAAGCGGUACGGCAAGCCGGAGAGGGAGGCAGGAUAGCGUGUGUGAGCGCGCCCAGCGUCUACCAGAAGCUGAAGCAGGGCGUGGUGGACGGCUCCGGCAGGGUGUCGGCCGUCGUGCUGGAGUACGACCGCCGCUUCGCCGCCUACGCCGACGACUUCAUCUUCUACGACUACAACGAGCCGCUGUCCCUCCCCUCCGGCGUGGCGCCGCGGAGCUUCGACAUCGUCCUCGCCGACCCGCCUUACUUAUCCGAGGAGUGUCUGAGCAAAGUGGCCCAAACCGUCCAGUACCUGAGCAAAGGCAAAGUGCUGCUGUGCACAGGAGCCACCAUGGAGAAUGUUGCCAAAGAACUGCUGGGGGUAAAAAUGUGCAGCUUUUUGCCCAAACACAACAGGAACUUGUCCAACGAGUUCCGAUGUUUCGUCAACUAUCCUUCGGACCUGUUGUGCAGCUGAUUAAGCGGGAACCUUGGACACCCGCUGUUUCCAGGAGGAAGAGCUUAAAUACGGCAUUCAGGACAGCAGGGAGGAAGAAAAAGUGGACACUUUAAUUUGCUGCAAAAUCAGUUAACAGAAUCAUAAUCUGCUACUGUCAUUAGACUAGACAUUACUGAGUUGUUGUUUUUUUAAAAUAUUCGUAUUGUUUUAGCAAAACCCGUGAAGUGUUUUCAACUUUUAUUAUGCAUUUUUCAUUCAUUACAUCAAAGCGAGUGAGCCUUUUCCUGCUCUCGUGUCUCUGUGGAUCUACCUCAAAAAGGGAAAUCAGAAAUUUGCACAUUCAACACAUUUCUUUUCUCCAUUAAACCGGUUGCUGAAAAGUUGCAACUCAUGCCUGAAUCACGUGACCGAGCCCGAGCUCUAGUAGCUUUUCAUUUGAGUUGUCUCACAAAUAUCAGAAAUAAAUAUUUCCAGUAGUCAACACUUUAUAUCUGAUAGUACAAAAACAAUAGUUCAGUUGAAAUAAUUUUUUUUUUCCCCAUUAUGCACUAAUUCAGCAUUGAUACCAAUAGGUUUUGUGUGAGUAAAUACGAAUUUAAAACAUAACUGGAUGUUUCUGUGUGUUUUGAGUUGAGGAAUGAACUGCUCUAAACAAAUGUGGGGUGAAGGAAGAAAGUGAUUCUGUUCAAAAUGCUCACAAACGAUUUUAGUAUGAUUGUUUUUUGUAAAAUUAUAUUUUAAUAAUUCCUUUUUUUAUUAUUUAGGAAAAAGCAAGACGGCUAAGCUAAUUUAGUAAUAGUAAUUUAAGUUACACAAUAUUAUGCACAAGCCUAUUUUUAGCAUAUACAAUUGUUUUAAAGUUUAAAUUGUUUA